UUAUCUCGUCAGUGUGUUCUUUGCAUCUACAAAACUCAGUUAACAGCUCAACUUUCCGACAAUCGUCCCGAAAUCCCACAAAAUCCGAUCCAAAAUGAAAUUCGUCAUUGUAUUCGCUGCCGUCGUUGCCCUGGCCCUUGCUGUCCCACUCGAUGACGCCAAGAACGCGCAGAUCCUGAAGUACGAGAACGACAACAUUGGCGUCGAUGGAUACAAAUUUGCCUUCGAGACCAGCGAUGGCCAGUCCCGCCAGGAGCAGGCUGAACUGAAGAAACUGGGCGAAGAUGUCGAAGCUCUGGUCGUUCGGGGUUCGUACUCUUUCACCGGCGCUGACGGACAGGUCUACACCGUGAACUACGUCGCCGAUGAGAACGGAUUCCAGCCAGAGGGUGCCCAUCUGCCGAAGGCCUAAGCUGACUCUGCCGCGGAACAGCAACCAAAAGCAUCGCGUUACGCCAACACCGACGAACACAUCUACCACAAGAACUGAAAAUACUCAGACGAACUAAGUCACAUGCUUGUAAAGUGUACAGUUUAUUUCGCAUUAUUAUUUCCUUUGUAUAGAAUCUGCUUUUUAUUUUGAAAAACAAUGUCAGUUUUGAACCUACUUGAAAUACCUCAAGAUGUCCUGUUUUCUUUCUGUCGAAGGCAAGGCACAGUGUGUUACAACAACAACAAGAACAACAACAACAACGAGAAAGUACUUUAAAUGAACACCAACCGUCAUAUCUUAAGAACUCAAAAUAAAUAUAGUCUUAAGUUAAACGUGAACAAAA